UAUAUAAUAAAGUUAAAUAAGUUAGGUUAGGCGUACGUCUCCCUCUUCUCCGUUUCGCCUCCUCGCGCGCCGUCCGUCUCCGUCUUCUCAGCAGCCGUCCGUCUCCCUCUCGGCUGUCGCUCUCCGAUACUCCUUCCGACGGCCAUUCUAACAGCCUGCAAUGAGGAAAUCAGAAGGGCCAUCAUCACUCAAGAGAAAAAGGCCAGAUUUGGGUACGAAAAAUUCGUCUGGAGGAGCUCUAAUUGGGCAAGAAAAAGUUCUCUAUGACCUAAUUUGCAGCAAGCAAAGCAUGGGGAUUUGCACUUUUGACAUGAAAAGAGAGACAAAGUUUGCUGAAAGUGUAGUAACAAAAUCCCUCAAGUCUCUUCAAACCAAAGGCCUGAUAAAGAUAGUCCAACACUAUCAAAACAAAGGCAAGAAGUUCUACCUAUCAAAUGACUUCGAACCAGCUAAGGAAUUAACCGGUGGUAACUGGUAUCGUGACGGGGAGCUCGACAAAGACUACAUCAAUACUCUCAAACAAGUUUGUGCAAGAAUGAUACAAAGGAAGAAGUUGAUGACCAUUGAAGGAAUUGUGGAGUCUUUCAAACAGAGUGGUGCUUUCAAAGUAGAGUUGUCAAGAGAGCAAAUUGAGGAGAUUGUAAAUGCUUUGGUGUUGGACAAUCAGGUGAUGGAAGUGAAGAGCUCUGGAUUUGGUGAAUUUGAAUUUAUUCCAAUUGGGAAGAUUUGUUAUAAGUAUUGUACUCAAGGAGGAGGCCUCAAAGGGGAGCCUAAAACAGGGGCAAUGGCUUCCAUUCCUUGUGGAGUUUGUCCAAGGAUCACUUAUUGUACCCCAAAUGGCAUCAUUUCUCCUGCUACCUGUGUCUAUUAUACCAAGUGGUUAGAUUUUUAAGUUGAACCAUUUUGAAGAUUUUUACACAUAAUGUGCAUAUGUAUUUAAACUUAUCUUGAGUUCUGGACUGA